GGCCUGCCAAUGCGCAUGUUGAAGUUUUGAUCUAUUUUUGCCGGGAGGUCUGUCUAUGUGUGUCUGUCUUGUGUUGAAGCCCAACUGUCUAAAUAUUCCGCGUAAUUUUAGCAUUCCGAGUAUGUAGAACGAAGGAGGACUUCUACAGGCGAUGCUACCGGCAGGAACAGUCCAAAUUUUCCGUUUCUCUCCGGCAUUUUUAAUCGCAGCUUACUUGACAACGGUCCGUUAGAGGUAAUACCGGGUUCAGCGAAAGUCUGAAGAAUACCUGAGGUUCAAGUUUACCAAGAACUUGAAGAAUCUCGUUGUAGUCGGUCAUUGCCAUGGGGGAGCUGCAGGCCACGGUAGAGUUUUCAGUGGCCUUUGGGAAAUUCUACAACGUCGAUCUUUUCCAAAGAGGGUUCUACCAUGUACGAGCCUACUUCAAGCCUCCCCUCAGACCCCCCAUGAAGACGGAGGUUCAUCUGGCUGACUCAUCAGGAUAUGAACAUGUGUAUCCAGCGCAGGUGAAAGAGGUGACCACGGGUGUCAGUAAAACCUUCCAGAUCCUGUACAAGAAUGAGGAGGUCACCGUUAACGACAUCUUCCUCUUCAAAGUGCAUGUACUGGUGGACUCAGAUAAGAUUGAAGACACUGUGGACUCAGCUGCUUUUCAGCUUGUUUUAGACCUUUGUUUCUCUGAAGAAAGUGCUGAUAAUGCAGACAGUCUGCAGGUGGUGAGCAGUAGGGUACUGAAGCUCCACCUAUGUGCCAACAAGGGACUGCACCACCAUGCAGUGGUCAUGUUUGACUACUUCCACCUGUGUGCCAUGGAGGUCACCGUCCAUGGGUGUCUGGUUACCCUGCACCAGCCCAUCAUGAAUAUUCCAAAGACAGCCAAGUCUGGCUGGUUGAAGGGUCAGUCAGCAGGCACCAAGCUCCCACUGGUGUCCCUGGAGUCUAUACUGUUUGGUGCUGUCAACAUGAACAAAGCCAUCAUGCCGGCCCCUAAGGGUGCUGCCCUAGCUGAAGCCAUGGCGCAGGCCAGAGACACACACAGACAGAUGUGUGCCGCCCUCCUGUCCUCGUACGCUGGCCUGCAGGAGAUAUACCAGGAACUGUUGGGGAAGACACCUGAUAAGUACCUGUUCAGAUUAGAGGUCAUGGACACAGAUUCCAGGCUGGAGACCUUAUGUGAGGCCAUGAAGAUUGUGAAGACCCAGGACGAGGCUAUCCAGACGGUGACGUCCCACCUGACCCAGCUGUGUGCGGACCUGUGUGCCCUGUGGACACAGUUCCUGGACAUGGUCACUACCAGCACACCUAUAGCACAGUACCUGUCAGACAACAACCACCAGACACGGACAGUUCCUUACCCAGCGGCAAACCCAAGCUUUCUCAUGAAGCAAGGUAGUCUAGAUAGCUCUGUUUCUCUGAAGCGAGAAGUCGUGCAUAAUGUUGUGGUAGAGGAGGUUGUGGACAAGCAGGAGGACAUGCCGAUCUCCAGUCGAACCGAACCAGAUGGAGCCGGUUCCACACCAUCGGGCUCGAACCACUCGUUCUCGGACUCUGUUUCCUGUGAAACGGGUUCCAACAAGCCAAGCGCGGGUUCCCUCCAGUCAGGACUGAGCCAGGAUGGGUCUGACCUGACGGAGGUUCCUGAGGCAGAUGGAGAGGGGAAAGCAACUCUUGUGGAGAACAGAGUGGGGGAGGUUGCCAGGCCAAGCAGGUCUCCCAGAAAGAGCCCUAAGUUUGGCCCUCUGCAGAGAAGGCUUGGUGGGCAGGCGGCGUAUGCCAGCUGGACUAACCUGGUUAGUGAUGAGGAUGGUUUAAUCGACAUGGAGAUUUGGGAUGACGAUGAUGAUCACAGUGAGAUUAGCUCAGAAGGUGAAAAUACAUGUCUGAAAUCGGUAGAACCUACGUCAACUCAAGGGCUGCCAGAUGCAGAAUCAUGUGAUCAAUCAGGGAGCACAAAUCAUGACUCGUUAGAGAAAAAGUCUAUUUCAUUGGAGUCAAGUCCAAAGAGUAGUGCAGCAGAAGAUGUCAGAAUGAGAAAGACUAGUCUUGAGCAUAGAGAAGCCAUGAGACUGGACAGACCAAUCAAAUGUCAAAGUUGGCUUGAUAUAGUCGACCUUGGGGUGACAUUGGUCGACAUGGGAUCAGUAGAUGAUAUACCAAACUUAGGCAACUCUCAAAACGGCAGCGAAGCGGAGAAACCAGUAGGUCUGGACACGUCGUGGAGUGCCACGGAGACGGUGGACAGCGGCAUUUCAGAGAGUCUGGAAGGGAAGGACUCGCCAGGAGAUGCCAACCAACUAUUUGAAAGACUGUUGCAACCCACCCCUCAUGCUGUGGAGAAUGGACAUGACCCAGGCGAGGAAAGGAGACCUUCUCUCUCCGACGACAUUUUUCGUCAGUCCAUAGAGAGUGCUGUGCACUCGUUUUUAGAAAGCGAUCUCAUCCAAGCCAUAAGUUUAGCAAUAGGAGACGAAGAAGGGGAUAAUUUAGAUGCUUUUGAUCAGGCCUCGGCCAACUCUAAUGAACAGUAUGGAGCAUGUGCAGCGGAGGAAGGGACUUUUGAUGAGGUUCGUACUGAAUGCAAGACCAUCACCACUUUUGAUGGUCCUGGAGGUCAAGUACGCUCAGAAAAGGUCACGACCUUUGACACUGCCGGGGCUGGACCACCCCAGCCAAGCUGGUCCCAGGAACAGCUUCUCACAGAGUCAAGGCUGAUGACAACAUUUGGCAGCGAGGUUCAUCUAGAGACUGUCGGGGGCCCAACACCAACACUAGAGCACAAUGACCCAGCUCUCACAAGUAUACCAACAGAGUCCAAAAUAGAGACAACGUUUGGUGCAGAUGGAGAUUCUCCAUCACAAGAGGAACAGUCAAGCCAGGAUGUAGUAAAUCAAAACACACAUGAUGAUGUACCUUCAAACCCAUCAACAGAUGUCGAAACACCUGUUUCAGAUAUAAAAACUACAGUAUCAGAUGUCAACACACCAGUUUCAGAUGUCAACUCACCAAUGCCAAAUGUCAACCCCCCAAUCACUAAACAGCCCACAAAAAGUGAGGUAUCAACUGUGGAAGCCAUACCCAUGUCAGGUGACCUGGGUUCAACCAAUGGGGAGGCAGCCACUGCCAAAGAGAAGCUGGCGUCCCUGAUGGCACUGAGGAAGAUGAGCUUUAAGGCAGCCAAAGCAGAGUUGCUGAAGCAGCUGAGGUUCCCAGGCCAGGUGUACAGCAACCUUCCGUCUGUACAGCCGCUCGUGCCUUACUUCUACCCGGACAUGACCGACGAUGACGGGCUGCACCUCAUCGUUUGUGUCCACGGGUUGGAUGGUAACAGUGCAGACCUGAGGCUUGUACGGACGUACCUGGAGCUUGGCCUACCUGGGACAAGAAUGGAGUUCCUAAUGUCAGAGAGAAAUCAGGUGGACACCUUUGCAGACUUUGAUGUCAUGACAGACCGACUAGUGUCAGAGAUCCAGUACUACGUGGAGGUGCUGGGGAUGACCCCUACCAAGGUCAGCUUCAUCGGCCACUCCCUGGGCAACAUCAUCAUCCGCUCCGUGCUGACCCGACCCGAGAUGGUGCCAUUCUUAGACAAGCUGCACACCCUGCUGUCCCUCUCUGGGCCUCACCUCGGCACCCUGUAUAACAACAGUGCCCUCGUCAACACAGGGAUGUGGUUUAUGCAGAAGUGGAAGAAGUCGGGGUCCCUUCUCCAGCUGGCGUUCAAGGACCACCCUGACCCCAGGCACACUUUCCUGUACAGACUUUCGCAAAAACCAGGUCUAGCAUUGUUCAAGAAUGUGCUGCUGGUGGGAUCCGUCCAGGACCGCUACGUGCCUUUCCACUCUGCCCGCAUCGAAAUGUGCAAAAGUGCUGUCAAGGACAAACAGUUUGGAGCUGUUUACACUGAGAUGAUCAACAACAUUCUCCAACCUGUCGUCAACAACCCAGACGUCAACCUGGUCCGCUAUGAUGUCAUCCACUCACUUCCCAACACUGCCAACUCCCUGAUUGGCCGAGCAGCCCACAUCGCCGUCCUGGACUCCGAGAUCUUUAUCGAGAAAUUCAUGUUGGUGACAGGUCUGCAGUACUUCAAGUGAGGACCGAACCAUGGCACUGUGAGGAAAACUCUACACCAUUGUGGUGCAACCAUGCUGCAAAGUAGUAAUUGUCAGUGAAAGUGCUCAAAAGUUCCUGACUGUGAUGAAUGUUUACUAAUGUGUUGAUAUUAUGAAUGACAGAUGUGAAAAUUGUCCAUUCAAGAAUCUGAUGAUUUUGUCGAGAGCUGCUUCCAUCUGUAAGUUGGAGGAUGAAGUGAAAAGUGGAAAAACAUGACGUUGUAUAGGAUGUGUGUAAGCCAUUGGAAACUGAGACGGUAUUUCUUUUGUCUUAAGUUGUUAUGUAAGACAGGCUGUGGGUCAAAACUUCUGUUGAGGCUAAAUCAGGGGGCUGACAGUGUUUUGUGGUAAACAUACUAGUAAUCCAAAUAAGUAGUUGUUGUGCCAGGAUCACAACAUGUUCAACAAUACAAAAGUAGAACAGCAAUACUGGUUUUUAUGUUUAUGUGAUAUAUUAUUAUUUAAAUCCUAACUUUUACACAUCAAUGUUGUGAUAGAACAGUGUUUAUUUAGGUCUAAGUGAAGGACUUUUCUACAUGUGAUAACAUAGAAUCACUUUUAACUUAUAAAGUAAUUAAUCAAGGUAUCAGAAAUUUGAAAUAGAUGUUAAGAUAGGUAUCAGUAUCAGGAGACAUCUGUGUCAUUGUAGGUCACAAAGUCCCAACAACUAUUGUUGGUGCCAUCAACACUUUCUGUGCCAUUGUAAGUAGAUCAAGUGGAAGUUAGGUAGGUAAGAUCAAAAAGAUAAUUCAAGCGCAACAUUUUUAUCCAUAGUUAGAUAGGUUUUUGUCAAAUUGUAAGUUACUAUUACUUUAACUUAUGUAAAUUGUGCCUUCAAAUUCAAAACUUAAUUUCAGGGUUCUUGUUGAUUAAUUGUGAUGUAAUAUCUUUGCUGUGAUGUGUUUAUUUUAUGAUGGUAAUUGUUUUGCUCCACAUGUCAGAACAAUAAGACAAAUAUAGAACAAAUCAUGAUAUCCCAGUAACUAGUUAGACAAAGCAAUACACAGACUUUCAUUACUUUGGAAUCAGUGAAAUCAGGACAUAUUUACUAGUACUGUAUCUUGGUAUUGAUCAUGACCAUGCAUCUGUCCUAGUUAGUAUUAGCCUGGGUACCAUCCGGAAAGUAGUUCACUCCAGCGUUUAUUAUACACUUACUUAUUGACUUAUAGACUUGCAUCUAGUGGGAACUUCCAGCUGUCACCUGAUACUGUUUAUUACAGUCCAAGCGUCUCCACAUGGGGCCGUGCAUUUGUCCUUGAGUUUACUCCUCUAACCAAGGUUGUCGUCGUGGCUCAUCAGAAAAGGCUCUAAAGUGGUACAUUAAAAGACAAGAAAUUUGUGCCAAAUAAGUCCCACUAGACAGUCCACAUACAGAUGGAACCUUGUAGAUGAUGAUGGAUAUGAAUGAAUAUGUAUAAGAAAUUGAAGGGAAGAUCAGACAACCUUCCAAAGAAGACUUUAUUGUGUUGGGAGAUGUGGUAAACCUUGACAGUGCUUUAAGCUGAGCGAAUUAAAAGCUUUGUAACUACUACAUGUAUUGUUUAUCACGAUGUUUGUAAUGCUUGAAGCCUUGAACUGAAUCACGAAAAUAGUGCAAGCCACUGCUUUCUACGUAAACACGACCUACUUUCCUGUCUGCUGCAUUUUCAUUGAUACUGAUUAUUUUGUACUCGCUGCAGACAAGUACAAUGGCAGUCAUGUUGUCUAAGACGACACAGGUGAUGUUACAGUUUGUUUUUUGUUGUAGGAAAAUGAUGUGGAAAGUUAAAGUGAUAGAGGAUUAUGUGGAGCAAUAAUUAACAAACUUUUUAUAAUUGUUUGUGAAGAUACUGAUAUCACAUUUACAAAUGUAUAUGCUGCUUGUGCUGCCAGCCACAUCAGAGAUUUUGCAUCGGAUUUUGAUCCUAACAUUUUAUAUAUUACUCUACUUUUUGUAUGAAAGCAAUAGGUUUCAUUGCUAACUUACAGUAUUGGUGAUUUGCAUGAGUCUCAAGAGUGCAUCUUUUAUUAUUGAGUUAAUGUGUUUCAUAAAGGGAUUGUUGCAGUAGUACUAAAUGUCAUGGAGUAUAUUUGUAUGUAAGUUUAUGGCUUCUAACAGGAUUGGACCUGUGAGAUUGAUGAUGAAAGAAUGCUAUUUAAUGUAAUGUCAGACUGAAAAGUACCAGUCAUGUUCAGGAGCUUCAGGUGUUUAAGUCAGUAAUUAAUGUUCAGCUUAGGUCAUGCUAAUACUUGUUUCACAGAUAUAAUAUCUGCAAAUGUACUUUAGAUUAGAGGGGGGAUUUUUCCCUUUGAAGGAGACAGGUACCAAGACGAUAUGCAGCAAUUGGCAAAUAUGGAUAAAUACAUCAGAUUCUGUAAGUCCUUUUUACGAUUCUUUGAAAAUGGAGUUAUUCCUGUGUUUUUUUCCUCAAGUGUGCCUGGGACACUGAGGGACAAUGCACAUGUACUACAUCUUCUGACAGAAUAUCUUAUUUAGUUAACAUGUAAUUCAAAAGAAGAUAAUAUUGGUCCAUCACCCCUAGAAGCUAGCUAUGAUCCCCACUUCCUGCGAAGUUGGCAUAAGUUGAACAUGAUUGGUACUCGUGGCUUGCAUGUGUUCAACAUGAUUUUAGGUACACAAUAUUUGACUUUUUCUUAUGCAAAUGUACAUGUUGUCAGAAAUUAAAAGAAACUAUGUCACGUGAAA